AAUCAUAACCUAGAAUAAAUAAAAUAUAUUAGAAAUAUGUUUGGUUUGUGUUUGUAUAUAAGAAUUUAAAUAACAAAACUGUUUUUUUAAUGUGCUUGUUUGCACUUAAAUAGCUGUAAAAAUAAAUAACUUUUGCCAGAAGUAGCGAUGGUUAGAAGCGGGCGAGAUCGUGAUAGAGACCGCGAUCGGAGGCGUUCUCACAGCCGUUCAGCUUCACCUGAUCGUAAACGGAGACGCUCACGAUCACGGAGUAGAGAUCGCAAUUCAAAGUCAUCUAAAAGGAAACGUAGCCGUAGCAGAGACAGGGACUCCAAAAGAGACCGAAGCAGAGACAGAGACCGUGAUAGAAAGAGUGACAAGAGGGAUGACAAAAGAAAUGGAAGUAAGUCAUCAAGGAGAAAGUCACCCGACAAAGACAGAAAGGAUAGGUCAAAAUCCAAAGAAAAAUCUGUCAAAACAGAAUCUGGAGAUUAUAAUCUGGGCACAGUUGAUAAGGAGGCAGAACAGACUCGUUUAGAAGCUGAAAUGCAGAAGCGACGAGACAGGAUUGAGCGUUGGCGUGCGGAACGAAAACGUAAAGAGUUGGAAUCUGCAAAGAAAGAAGUGCAGAAAGGUAGCUUAGUGACCAACAUCCAAGCACCAAGUACAAAGAAAUGGUCGCUAGAAGAUGAUUCUGGUGACGAAGGUGAAGAUGGAGAAGGAAAAGAGAAACAAAUCAUUGAAGAGAAAAAAGAAGAAGAAGAUGAAAUAGAUCCGUUAGAUGCUUAUAUGCAGGAAGUUCAACAAGAAGUUCGUAAAGUCAAUCAAAUGGACCAGUCACGAGGCCUUUUAAGUGUUCCGACUGCUGGAGGAGGCACUGGUGUGGUUAUUUUAACGGGGACUGCUAAAAAGAAAGUGGUGGAACAAAAGAAUAAAGGUGAAUUAAUCGAACAGAAUCAGGAUGGGUUGGAAUAUUCAUCAGAGGAAGAAACGGAGGAUAUAAAAGACGCAGCGGCCACACUUGCCUCAAAACAGCGAAAGGAACUGGCUAAAGUAGAUCAUGCCAGUUUACACUAUAUGCCGUACAGGAAAGCAUUUUAUACUGAGGUAAGUGAGUUAUCCAGAAUGACUCCUGAAGAAGUAGAAGCAUAUAGAACAGAGUUAGAAGGUAUAAGAGUUAAGGGCAAGGGUUGUCCGAAACCGAUUAGGACAUGGGCACACUGUGGUAUUAGCAAGAAGGAAAUGGAUAUACUAAAGAAAUUAAACUUUGAAAAACCCACACCAAUACAAGCUCAAGCGAUACCGGCUAUUAUGUCUGGGAGAGAUUUAAUAGGUAUUGCUAAGACUGGAUCAGGUAAAACUUUGGCGUUUAUCUUACCAAUGUUCCGACAUGUACUGGACCAGCCAGCACUGGAAGACACGGAUGGACCAAUAUCACUCAUCAUGACCCCCACUAGAGAGCUGUGUAUGCAGAUCGGCAAAGAUAUAAAGAAAUUUGCCAAAUCUUUAGGACUGAGAGUUGUUUGUGUUUACGGUGGUACUGGAAUUUCUGAACAGAUAGCGGAGUUAAAGCGUGGUGCAGAGAUGAUAGUGUGUACUCCGGGACGUAUGAUCGACAUGUUGGCGGCUAACUCGGGCCGCGUCACAAACUUGCGUCGCGUCACAUACGUUGUACUCGACGAGGCAGACCGCAUGUUUGAUAUGGGAUUUGAACCACAAGUAAUGAAGAUAAUAGACAACAUACGUCCGGACAGACAGACGGUGAUGUUCAGUGCUACCUUCCCGCGUCAGAUGGAGGCGCUCGCACGACGGAUACUGCAGAAACCUAUUGAGAUACAGGUCGGCGGCAGAAGCGUAGUCUGCAAGGAGGUGGAACAGCACGUGGCUAUAUUAGAAGAAGAGGCGAAGUUCUUCAAACUUCUCGAACUGCUCGGCCUGUACAGUCAGAUGGGCAGCAUCAUCGUGUUUGUGGACAAGCAGGAGAACGCUGACAGUCUGCUCAAAGAUCUCAUGAAGGCUUCCUAUUCCUGUAUGAGCUUGCAUGGAGGCAUUGAUCAAUUCGACAGGGAUUCCACAAUAGUUGACUUCAAGUCGGGCAAGGUGCGGCUGCUGGUCGCCACCAGCGUCGCGGCGCGCGGCCUCGAUGUCAAACAGCUCGUCUUAGUUGUUAACUACGACUGUCCCAAUCAUUAUGAGGAUUAUGUGCACAGAUGCGGUCGCACCGGUCGCGCGGGCAACAAGGGGUACGCGUGGACGUUCCUGACGCCGGAGCAGGGCAGGUACGCGGGCGACGUGCUGCGCGCCUUCGAGCUGGCCGGCACCGCCCCGCCCGCUGAGCUGCGCCAGCUCUGGGACAGGUACAAGGACGCGCAGGAGAAGGACGGCAAGAAGGUCCAUACUGGAGGAGGGUUCAGUGGGAAAGGCUUCAAGUUCGACGAGUCUGAGGCGCAGGCGGCGACAGAAAAGAAGAAGUACCAGAAGGCGGCGCUGGGGCUGCAGGACUCAGACGACGAAGACGUGGAGGGAGACCUGGACCAGCACAUCGAGACUAUGCUCGCUGCCAAGAAGAUCGUCAAGGAGAUCAAGCCGGGCGUGGUGGGCGCGGGUGUGCCGGGUGCGGCUGUUCCGGGCGCGGCGGACGGCAAGCUGGAGCUGGCGCGCCGGCUGGCCUCGCGCAUCAACAUCGCCAAGGGGCUCGGCGCAGAGCACAAGGGCGCUACACAGCAGGCCGCUGAGGCCAUACUUAAAGGAUCUCCUUCUACUCACACCCUCAUCACUGCGAAGACUGUGGCUGAACAGUUAGCUGCUAAACUGAACACCAGGCUGAACUACCAGCCGCGCGACGAGAGCAACGCGGAUUCAGCGGAGGAGGUGUUCCGGAAGUAUGAGACGGAGCUCGAGAUCAACGACUUCCCGCAGCAGGCGCGCUGGCGGGUCACCAGCAAGGAGGCGCUAGCGUUGAUCAGUGAAUAUUCAGAGGCGGGUAUAACAGUGCGCGGUACAUACGUGCCGACGGGGAAACCACCACCGGAAGGCGAGAGGAAAUUAUACCUCGCAAUAGAAAGCUCCCAGGAACUUGCCGUCGCUAAAGCCAAGUCUGAAAUAACAAGACUCAUCAAAGAGGAACUACUCAAACUGCAGUCAUCAGCACACCACAUGAUCAACAAAGCGAGAUACAAAGUUAUAUAGCUAACCAAUAAAUUGCGCCUCCGA